AUGAGCCAUCAAUCUUCGAAAAUGAAACACCAUUCUCCUACAAUCGCACUACUCAUUCGACUCGGCAUCCUAGCGGUUGGAAUCUCACUCACAUUGCAAGCUUUCGCAUCACCGAGCAAGCCAUCAUCGUUUGUCGCAGGGGCUACCCGUCCUCUAAAAAUAACAUGUCUUACUAUCGGCUCCAGAGGAGAUGUGCAACCUUUCAUUGCGCUGGGUAUCGGACUUCAACAAGAUGGACACCAAGUCACCAUUGCAACACAUCUAGAGUUUCGAGAAAUGGUUGAGGAUUCAGGCAUUGCAUUCAAGAACAUAGGUGGAAACCCUCAAGAGCUCAUCAAGCACUGCGUGGAGUACGGUUUUUUCUCUCCGGAAUUCUACAUCGAAGGUUAUACCAAGUUUCGGGAAUGGAUUGAUGAGUUGAUGAUCACCGUGCCAGAAGCUUGUAAAGGGACAGAUGUCCUGAUCGAAAGCCCUACCGCCAUGAUGGGCAUCCACGUCGCUGAGAGUAUGAAGAUCCCAUACUUCAGAGCCUUCACAAUGCCGUGGACCCCGACGAGAGAGUAUCCGCAUCCCUUCGCCGUUACUUCUCAACAACUAGGGAAGUAUUAUAAUCGGAUGUCUUACAACAUGUUCAACUAUCUCAUUUGGAAGGGAAUUGAGUCGAAAGUGAACCGAUGGAGGGAAGAAAAGUUGAAGCUUAAACCUACAUCAUUCGCAAAACUCCGGACAGCAAAUAUACCCUACUUGUAUAACUUUAGCAAGCAUAUAGUUCCAAAACCUAGGGAUUGGGGUGACAAGACGCAUAUCACCGGCUACUGGUUCGUCGAUCAGCAGAAAAAACCGGAUCAAAAGAAACUCGAAGAUAGCAUCUCUCCAGACCUCCGAUCCUUCCUGAAAAAAGCCAAGGAGAACCACAAGAAAGUUGUUUAUAUUGGAUUUGGAUCAGUCAUAUUUCCCGACGCUCAAGAGGUUCAACGCAAACUUGAGAGGGCGGUCAGGAAGGCAGGAGUCUGGGCUGUCGUUUCCGGAGGUUGGGCUGACUUGAAACCACACGAAAAGGAUGCCGAAUUGCUGGACUCGUCUCGAUCUCAAGAUUCACCAAUACAUUACGUUGGAGCCGUCCCUCAUGAAUGGCUGUUUUCCCAAGUAGAUGCUACUCUGACACAUGGUGGAGCCGGUACUACUGCCGCUAGCUUGCGCGCUGGAAUACCGACAUUGAUCAAACCCUUUUUUGGAGAUCAAUUCUUCUGGGCAAAGCUUGUGAAGAAAAUGGGUGUCGGUGCCCAUGUCAAAAGUUUCAAAGUCUCUGAGCUUGCAAAAGUAUUCAGGACUGCGACUACCAACCCAGAACAAAUCCGGAAAGCAAAAGCAAUAGGAGAGGCCAUCCGCAAGGAAAAUGGUGUGAGGAGGGCGAUUGGGAAGAUUUAUAAAGAUAUGAAUCACGCAAGAAGAAUGAUGAUGCUUGGCUUGGCCAGAGACGAAGCUGCACCGAUACCUAAAUUUCCAAAGGAGAAAGUAUACUUCUGGCUAAAACAAUUCCUCCGAGAACAACGAUCAAGCAUUCAUUACUUCCUGUUGUUCGCCGUUCGAGCGCUUCAAUAUUAUUCCACUCAACAACAGAGCUUAGGGAGCACUCCGGAUCCAAAAUUAUCCCCUCAAGCGGGAGUCACAAGGAACGUCACUAUCUCGCAAGGAAAUUACCCUCAAAAAUCAAAUCAAACAAAAUUUGUAAUCCAUAGAUUAAACUCCCCUCCCAACUCAUGA